AUUAAGAUUAGCAGCAUUUGUGUUACGAACGGACGUGGGUGUACACCUCUUUUGCUAGCGCGGACGUAUAAAUUGUUUCAAAAGGUUUGUUAAUACAUACGCGUCUAAGCCGCAAUUUAUGCAAAGUUGAACGUGCGUGUUGUGCAAGCCAAUUAAAUUCAAGUGUUUAAAAUUUUUGGGCAUUUUGUGCCGCUCUUGCUCUUUUGUGUAUAUUUGUGUGUGCGUGUGUGUUUGCGCUGCCCUGCAAGUCAGUGUGUGUGCGUGUGCAUGUGCUUGUAAGUGUGUGCGUUGUGUUGGCCAAAAGCAAAACGCAAAGAGAGCCGCAACAGCAGCAGCAGCAACAGCAACAGCAACAACAAAAAAAAAAAAAAAAAAAACCAAAAUCGACAAAUGCGGUCAAAUUAAAAAAAACAAAAUAAAAACAACAAAUAAAAGUACAUAUUGGAGUCGUGCGACAACAACAACAAAAACCGAAAAUUCAACAACAGCAGCAGCACAGUGAAGCAAAAGCAAUUCCAACAAAAAGCUAAACUUGCCGAGAAAGCGUGCCGCCUUCGUUGACGCCGCUGUCGCUGCCACUGCCACUGCCGACGUCGUCGUCGUCGUUGUCGUUGCUUUCGUCGCGUGUGUGAAAAGCCGGAAAAUUGCUACUCUAGGCGUUGUCGUCACAAGGAGACUCUUUCCGUCGCCUUCGUCGUUCAUUUGUUUAUGCUGCACAGUGUGUUGUGACCGUGUGUUUCUUCUGCGAAUUGCAUGUGUUUUUAACCUUAUCAACGGCGCCAGCUUAUCAGCCACAUUUCUCUGAUUGUUGCGAACAAAAUUCCAAAAACUGCAUACUUAACCUAAGUAUUAAGCAAGUUUCAACGUAAAAACAAACAAGAUAACUGCGACUUUGUCUGUGCAGCAUUCAAGAUAAACGUAUCAGCGCUUUGCCCAAAAGCCAUCCAAUCAAGCAUAAGGUUUUUUCUUUGGCAUCCACAACAUCAAAGGCAACCAAGAUAUUCUCUGUAUUUUGCCAAAAUCCAAAUUUGCAAAACUAAAUGAAGCCUGUGUCUGCAACUGUGCCAAAUACCUCAACGCUGGAUCAUAGACGACGGCCUCAAAUUAAUCAGCCUGCUCUUGAUUUGCAAGUUUGAAAAGCCUUAAAGUUCCUCAAUAAUAACAACAAUAAGAAUAACGAUUGUCAGCUGCGAUUUCCGUGCAAGUUGAAAGGCAACCCAAAACACAAGGAAAGAGAGAGAGAGAGAGAGAGAUAAAAAGAGUGAGCGAAAGCGGAAAGUGGAAGGAACUUUGUGUAAUUUUUUGAGAGCGCCAAAGGAUUCAUUAAAAAACCGCCAACCUGGAACUAAUGGAAUUAGAGAAUAUUGUGGCCAAUACGGUCUACUUGAAAGCAAGAGAAGGUGGUUCGGACAGCAACAAAGGAAAGAGUAAAAAAUGGCGCAAAAUAUUACAAUUUCCACACAUAUCGCAGUGCAUCCACCUGAAAGACAAAUUAGACAUAAGCUAUGGCUACGUGAUAGAUCAACAGCCCAUUGGUCGUGAGCUCUUUCGUCAGUUCUGUGAGAACAAAAGGCCCGUCUACUUUCGCUACAUCUGUUUUCUGGAUCAGGUGGUGAAAUAUGUGCUAAAUAUUUCCAGAUAUGAAAUCGAGUACAUUGUGAAUCGUAUAUUCAUUGGACAUGAUAUCGGUCGGCGAUUCUUGGACAUUGAACCGCAGCUGGAGUUGCGCAAUGGUGGCGAAGGCGACGGUAGCGAUGCCCUGGACCAGGAGACGCGGGAGGAGCUGCUGCUGAACAGCAGCAAUGCCAAUCCAACUGAAACAGCUGAGACUGAAAACUGCAACAAUACCACCGCCAACAACUGCAAGAACAUCAACAGCAGCAGUAAUCACAAGAAACUUCAGCUAAACGACACCCACAAUCACAAUGGCGAUGAUGCAACGUUGAACGGUGGCGGCGGUGAGGGCGACGAGGGCGUUGAAUGCGAGGACAGUCAGGAUGCUGAAAAGGGUGGAGCAUCUGGCACCGGAUCGGGCUCUGAUGAACUGGUACUCGAUGUGCUCAACGAUGAUCUCAUUGCACAAGUGCGCAAUAAACUGAACAGCGGUGGCAAGGAUCUCUUUGCCCAUUGUGUGAAGGCAGUGAAGGCAUUCCUAGCCGGCGAACCAUUUCGCGAAUUCGAGAACUCAAUGUAUUUUCAUCGUUACUUGCAGUGGAAAUGGCUCGAGGCUCAACCAAUCACAUACAAAACGUUUCGCAUGUACCGAGUGCUCGGCAAGGGAGGCUUCGGUGAGGUCUGCGCCUGUCAGGUGCGAGCCACUGGUAAAAUGUACGCGUGCAAAAAGCUGGAGAAAAAGCGCAUAAAGAAGCGAAAGGGGGAGUCCAUGGUGCUCAUCGAGAAGCAAAUACUGCAAAAAAUCAACUCACCAUUCGUUGUCAAUCUGGCCUACGCAUACGAGACAAAGGAUGCCCUCUGCCUCGUGCUGACCAUAAUGAAUGGCGGCGAUUUGAAAUUUCACAUUUACAACAUGGGCGGCGAUCCGGGAUUUGAAUUGGAGCGUGCCAGAUUCUAUGCAGCCGAAGUGGCCUGUGGUCUGCAGCAUUUGCACAAACAGGGAAUUGUCUACAGGGACUGCAAGCCGGAGAACAUAUUGUUAGACGAUCAUGGCCAUGUGCGCAUCUCCGAUCUGGGCCUGGCUGUCGAGAUACCCGAGGGCGAAAUGGUGCGAGGACGCGUCGGCACUGUGGGCUAUAUGGCGCCGGAGGUUAUUGACAAUGACAAAUAUGCAUUCUCGCCCGAUUGGUUCAGUUUUGGCUGUCUGCUCUAUGAAAUGAUCGAGGGUCAAGCGCCGUUUCGCAUGCGCAAGGAGAAAGUGAAGCGCGAAGAAGUCGACAGACGCGUCAAGGAGGAUGCCGAAAAGUAUUCGAGCAAGUUUAGUGAUGAAGCCAAAUCAAUGUGCCAACAGCUAUUAGCUAAAUCGAUAAAGCAACGAUUGGGUUGCCGCAAUGGACGCCUGGGAUCUCAGGAUGUGAUGGCGCAUCCAUUCUUUCACUCCACCCAGCUUAAUUGGCGACGCUUAGAGGCUGGCAUGCUUGAGCCGCCAUUUGUGCCAGAUCCGCACGCCGUCUACGCCAAAGAUGUGCUCGAUAUUGAACAGUUCUCGACCGUUAAGGGCGUCAAUAUCGAUGAAUCGGACACGAAUUUCUAUACGAAAUUUAAUACGGGCUCUGUUUCCAUUUCGUGGCAAAAUGAAAUGAUGGAAACGGAAUGUUUUCGGGAGCUGAACGUCUUUGGUCCUGAGGAAUGCCCCACGCCGGAUUUGUUGAUUAAUGCCAUACCGGAGCCCGACAAGGCGGGUUGUUUUCCCUUUAGACGCAAGAAGAAGCAACCGGCUCGCACACAGCCCAUUCCCAUUCCUGAGCACCUGCUAACCACUAGUCACAGCGUCUCAUCGACGACGGUCGAGAGCUGAUAGCAUAGAUUAGUUAAAGUCCAAACGCCUAACGUACAUAGCACAUAGCACACUAAUUGAGAGCCCCACCACGCAAAGUAAUCCCCUCCAGAUUUUGGGAAUACAGCGCAAAAAAAAGCACAACUGAAACUCAUUGCAAUAAUUACACACUCACACACUCGAACAUGAAUAAAGCGAGGGGCAAAAGGAGCAUUCUAUAAUUUUAUGAUUGGAUUUUUACACAAGUUUUCUAAUGAAAAUAAUCAAGUGUGUCACCCCUAACUAAAAAUAUAUUCAUAAAUGUUUACAACAAAUUAAGAAAAAACAAAACAAAAAGACUCACGCACCGAGAAGUUUGGAAAAGAGAAGCAGACGUUAGGUCGUUAAUUGAUGGUAUACCAUAUAUUAUACCAUACUAACUGAUUAUACGAGUAGGAUUAUGUGGUAAUUAAAACAGCUUCAAAGCGAAUACUAAAACCUAAACCUAAACAUAAAAGUAAAAUUAAAGCCGCAAGCCAAAUUGGGCCGUCAGUUUGUCAUAGCACCUAAAGUAAUGUUACUUAAAAAUGCAUAUGCAAAAUAAAUAUAAACUAAAUAUAAUUAAUAUACACACGCAUACUUGCAUACAUAUACAUAUACAUUUAUAUAGAAGGCAAUCUAGAGGCAAUGCCAGAAUAACAAUGUAAUAUUUGUAAAGUAGUUUUGUGCUCAACGUGUUUUUGCAAGGGGAGCCUCAAGUGGUUUAGUUAGCAAUGUGUAAGUCAGUUAAGCAAAUGACAUGAAUACUCGAAAAACUUUAAUGCAUUUUUAUUAAAAAAUACUUAACAUACAUAAAUACAUACACACACAUGAAUAAAUAUAUAUAUUUAAUGAAUGUAAAUGUGUGUACAAACAUACAUAUUAUACAUAGAUACAUACUAAGAAAUUGAAUGUACAUUUUUUACCUACUUUUAUUGCCGCACACUUUUCCUACGCUUUUUCAAUACAUUUUUCUGUUGCCUAAGUUUAAGUUGACUGCAAUUCGUCAUUAGGGUUUUGAGAACGUGAUUAAUGAUAUUUGUUUUGUCAUGCAAUAUGUAAUAAUAUCCAUAAGUAUAUAAAUAUAUAUAUAACUUUGAUGCCAGCUAAUGCUAAUCAAGAGACGUCAGCUAGUUUUUAAGAUAAACUGAAGUAGAGAAAAUGAGAGUUUUGUGUAAAUGUGUAGUGUAGGCAUUUUUGUAAUUAGCAAACAAUACAAUACAAAGCAAACAAAUUUGAGAAUU